GUUCAACGAUUUUGGAGUUGAUGGUGGUCCAGCAGCGAAAGCACUAAAACCCAAGUUCGAUGUUUUGUCAAAGCAUAUCGCAACACAUACUGGAUUUCAAGUACCACACGUAGAGAUGAAACAUCUAAUUUUUGGGGCUAUAGUCAUGAAGAGCCUCGGAAGCCUUCUCUUUGUCUUCGGUAGCUCUCUUGGAGCAGUAAUCCUCGUUUUGCAUCAGUUCAUUACUACUCCAGUCUUAUACGACUUCUACAACUACGAUCCUGACAAGAAAGAGUUCGCUCUACUUUUUGCCAAGUUUACGCAGUGCUUACCACUCCUCGGUGCACUCUUCUUCUUCAUCGGCAUGAAGAACUCUAUGCCGAAGAGAUCAUCUCACUCAAAGAAGAAGGCUCCCAAGACGAAAACAGUUUAAAGAAUGCGAUAGCCCGCCCUACGAAGAGCUUCUUGUAAGCUUUGUAUUUUUCGAUUUUAUUUUGGUUAAAUUUCCAAACUUUGUAGCUUUGAUUUUGUAUUCUUGUUUUUUUUCUUCUGUUGCUGGAAAUUUUCACUCUUUAAAAAAAAAAAAAUUUAAUUUAGACGUUAAUAGUUCCUCUAUUAAGUUAAUUACUAUUACAUUGACUACUGAGUUAGUGAUAAUUGAUAGCUUUUGUUGGUUCUCA